AUGCCGGAAAUCCAUAAGAAAUUUAAUGAAUACCAGCACACAAAGAGGAAGGACGUGGAGCGUGCUUUUGGUGGUCUAAAGUCCAAAUGGGAUAUAAUUAGGAAUCCUUGUCGUCACUGGUCUCAUCAUGACGUACAGGCAAUUAUGAGAGCGUGUUUAAUAAUGCAUAACAUGUGUGUGGAACAUGAGUACAGUGAUACGGAAUGGGCGACUUACGAUGGACGAGAAGAAACACCUCCAGUACAAGGUAACGUGAGAGAAGCGCGCGCGUAUUAUCUAAGCCAUUCCCGCUGGAGAUUCUUGCAAGAAGAUAUAACUGAGCACAUUUGCCAGCGUCACAUCCUAGGAUUGCGAGACGGUGAAGUGGGUCCCGCGGAGGUGCGGGAUGUCCUCAGCACUUCCGAUGCAGGUACUACCGAUGUGGAUGAAAACGCAGAUGUUUACCCAAAUAAUGAUGAUAACUUUUAUGAGAAUGGAGAGUAG